ACUAACCAACUCAAUCAAAAACCAAAGAAACUAGCAGAGAGAGAGAGAGAGAGAGAGAGAGAGAGAAAUGGAUCAAGAAAUGCAAGAACUGGUAGAAACUGAAGGAAAUAUACAUAGUGCGGUGGAAAGAGGAACAAUAACAUCAAACCAUGAUGAAUUGCGGCUGACAGUGGACGAGGUUGUCGAAAGACACGUAGGGAAUUUAGGUGUCUGGCAGUUGAUGCAUGUGAUGGUUGUGUCGGUGGCGUGGAUGUUUGAUGCGCAGAACACGUUAGUGACGAUCUUUAGCGACGCUCAGCCGUCUGGUUGGGAAUGCGUAGACAAGAAGGUCUGCGGCGGAGGGGGCAAGAGGGAAGGGUUGUCGGCGGUGUGUGGUUUGGCGGCUGGAAGUUGGGAAUGGAUUGGUGAGAGUAAAAGUUCUACCAUUGCUGAGUGGUCUCUCAUUUGUGACCACAAGUUUCUUGCUGCUGUUCCUGCUUCACUCUUCUUUCUUGGUUCUUUACUCGGGUCUGCAAUGUACGGCCGUCUAGCAGAUGCCUAUCUUGGUCGAAAGAGAACUCUCUUCUUGUCCUGUAUCUUGACCUUCAUAACCACUUUCUGCACAUCUUUCUCCCCAAACAUUUGGGUCUACUCCUUCCUCCGAUUCGCAAAUGGUUUUUCAAGAUCAGGAAUCGGAAUUUGCUGCCUUGUUCUCUCCACAGAAGUCGUUGGUCGUAAAUGGCGUGGUCAAGUUGGUCAAUAUGGUUUCUUCUUCUUCACAGCAGGCUUUCUUUCUCUUCCUCUCAUCGCUUACUUCUCAAAAACUCACUGGAGAAAUCUUUACAGAAUCAUUUCUCUUUUUCCUCUUCUCUACGCUCUUGUUUUCUACCCCUUUGUCUCAGAGUCUCCCCGUUGGCUUCUCAUCAGAGGACGCAGUAGUGAAGCCCUCCGUGUUCUUGAAACUUUUGCGAGACGAAAUGGGAGACAGCUUCCCCAUCAGCUAACCCUAGUUGACCCGUCCGGAACUAAAGUUGAGAAUGGGAAUACAGAGAAUAAGAAAUCAUCAGAGAGUCUGUGGAAAACGAAAUGGGCUGCUAAAAGAAUGGUGGUGGUGAUGGUAGCUGGGUUUGGUGUUGGGUUUGUCUACUAUGGAGUACAGCUGAAUGUUGGGAAUCUUAAGUUCAAUCUCUACUUGACUGUCGCCAUUAAUGCCCUUAUGGAGAUUCCUGCAGUUUUCAUAGGAAGUAUACUGUUGGGUUUCACUAAGCGACGGCUGCUGUUUUCAACGUCGGCUUUUAUUGCCGGCGCUUCAUGUCUUCUCUGCAUCAUCUUCACCAAAGGGUCUGGUUCUGCAAGGGGUUGGGCUCAACUAAGCAUUGAAGCAGUAGGUUUCAUGGCUGCUUCCUUAGCUUUCGACGUUAUAUACAUUUACUGUGUGGAACUUUUCCCCACCAACGUGAGAAACUUCGCAGUGUCGCUUUUACGACAGGCUUUGAUGCUUGGAGCAUCUGUAGCGCCAUUGUUGGUCGUUGUUGGUCGUCUGAAUCCAUCCCUGUCAUUUGUGGUGUUUGGGUGUCUGUCGUUCUUCAGCGGAGUGUUGAGUUUGUGGCUGAAGGAGACUAGGAAUUCUCCUCUUUAUGAAACCCUAAAGCAGCAAGAAGAAGAAGAAGAAAAGUUGAGAACUGCAACGUUACGUGCAUGUAAUGAAUCAUCAGGAUUGGAGCCUGGGGAUAAUGCGUUGACAAAAAAUGGUCCUCGAUUGUGA